AUGAAAUCCUGCAAACCAAAUUCCCUGGAUUCCAGUUUGGAAUCCGAGCCCCAGUGCAAAGGUGGCAUCGAGUGUGUGGGGAAGUGUGGCUCCGAAAGGAUGGAGAACGCUGCCCGAAGAAGGCUGGCUGCCAACGCCAGGGAGAGGCGGCGGAUGCAGGGGCUCAACACAGCUUUUGAUCGCCUGAGAAAAGUGGUUCCCCAGUGGGGCCAAGAUAAAAAGCUAUCCAAGUAUGAAACCCUGCAGAUGGCCCUCAGUUACAUCAUGGCUCUGACCCGGAUCCUGGCUGAAGCCGAGAGAUACAGCACAGAGAGGGACUGGAUCCAUCUGCACUGCGAACACUUCAAUCAGGACAGCUACCAUGCACUCGUCGGACCCAAGCUGCCGGGUGAGAGUGAGCACUAUGCCCAAAGACUCUUGGGCUAUCAGCCUGAACACUUUCAAAUGGCCAAUUAA